GAAUUUAUUGUUGCCAAUUCAUUUAUGCAUUGCUAAUUUAUCUCCUUUUAGGAGCAUGAACGACAUACGUACUAUGAAAGUUUUGCAGUAGUUUAACUUUUCAACUUUGCCAAUAUUCCAAUUAAGUUUUGUCCUAUAUAUUUUUUAUUAAGUUUAGUUGUGUUGAAUCUGAUCAAUUCUAGCAUAAUUAGUCUGUUUGAGGGGGUUAUAGAGUAUAUACCAUACCUAUUAAUUCUAAGCUCUGUAAGCUUUGAGGUUUGAGAUUUCAUAUUUUGAAUUGGAGUUAGUGAUCAUAUUGCUCAGCUCUGUUUCGAAUUCUUAAUUUCGUUUAGGAUUAGGAUGAAAACUUAUCUUGAAAAUGAAUUUCUUCCUUACUUUUAGUGGAGUAAGGUCUCCAUCAUAUCCGACAGAAUAGUUGAAUUAAAUUCUUGGAUCAUGUAAGUGAUCAUAAUUUCUUUUCUUGUUUUAUGCUAUUUGUUAUGUCGGAGAAGUGGGUUCCAGAGCUAAGAGAUUAUGCACCUUCAGUACUCAUUGUUCCAGUGGGGACCAAACUAGAUUUUCUUGAGUUAUAUGACAUGGAGAGUAUCAUGAGUGAAACCUCUUUUCCAACACAACCUAAAUGGAGAAAAGUUGCUUUUGGAGGGAUGCAACCUGGUUUUGAUGACAAUCAUACAGAUGAAUCUUUCCUAGAAGAUAUGAUUAUGAAUGCCAAUGUUGUCAAAAGGGACUUGCUAAAGGUGAUACUUGAUUCAGUUUCAAUUUCUCAGUAUAUUUGCACUGUUUGUCUUGUGGUUUUGGUUUGGACCUAUACUCUCAAAUCCCCCUUGAAUGAGAAUUCACUUUUAGUUUUAAAUGUUAGCCUUCUUGGACUGGGUUUUUUCACUCUUCUCUUAACUGCAGACAUGCUCUCCUUCAAUCUUCUUCUCAGUUAUGUUCUGAAGAUUUCCUUCUUUAUUACUGGGUUGUAUAUGUUGUCUCCUAUUUACCAUACACUUACUCGGUCAAUAAGCUCAGAUUCUAUAUGGGCACUAACGGUUUCUCUCCUCAUAAUCCAUCUCUUCCUGCACAAUUACUCAGGAUCCAUUGUAAAAGCUCCCGGAACUCUAGAAAAUCCUACCCUUACAAGCAAUAUCUCUCUGAAUGCUUCUAUAGUGGCUUCACUUUUGAUUGCUUCUCGCCUUCCAUCAAGGCUUCAUGUAUUUGCCAUUGUGCUGUUCUCCUUGCAAGUUUUUCUAUUCGCUCCAUUGGUCACCUACUGUGUGAAGAAGUACUCGUUCAGAUUGCACCUGUGUUUUUCCUUUGGGUUAAUGGUCUUGACAUUAGUUCUCAUUUACCAGUUGCACACACUACUCUUUCUUUUAUUGUUGGCUGUGCUUAUCUUUGUCGAUUUGGUAUGUCCUUAUUGGUUGCUUCAACUUCAAGAGUAUAAGUUUGAGAUUAAUGGCCCCUGGGACGAGGCAAAGCUCUGUUUUGCCAUCACAGAAUGAGCAACAAAGUCUAUGGAAGAUCCAAUUUUGAUAAACAGUUCCAGGUGCAGAUGCUUUGAGUUAGCUACCUAGCCUUGCAUUGCACAACCCCAAUGCCCUACAUACAGUAAGUAAUUCAUUUCUUUAGCAAUUUCAAUCUCUGUAUCUUGAUGGAAGUCAUGGAACUAUGUGAGUUCUAAGAAUAAUACCCAUCAGGUUUUGUGUUUGAGUUAUUGUCAGGGUUGUAAAAACCGGCCUAGGUAGCUGCCUAGGUCUUAGGCCGAGGGGAUUUCAACUCUAGGCGACUUUUAGUCGGCUAGCCAAGUUGGCUCCUAACUCGGCCGAGUUGGCCCUCAACUUGUUCGAGUCAGCUUCUACUCGACCGAGUUGGUACCUUACUCGACCAAGUCGGCACCUAAUUCAGCCGAGAUUUUUUUCAAGGGUUUAAAGUGGCUACACAUUAUUAUGAUUUUACUCGGCCGCUUAGGCGCUAUGCGUCUCCCGGCUGCCCGACUAGUGCAUAGUGCCUUUUGCAAUCUUGGUUAUUGUUAAAUCUAACACGUGGAGUCUCUAGUACUUGUUACUCUAUUUAUAUGCUUAUAUGGAGAGCUCUUUUUAACGCU